AUGAAAAUGAGCAGUGGAUCAAACCAGAGGACUUUGUUCCAGACUUGGGGUGGAACUGUCUCUCAAAACAAAGUUGUUCAACCGAAAAAGGAGGCCAAGAAACCGGCUGGACGGCGCAAGGCAACUUCAAGCAACACAACACAGGUAGCUAAAACAAACCCUCCUCGAAAUCCUUUGUGGACUGAAAUAGGUGAGGGGUCCACAUACACAUCAGAGAACCCAGUGAGAACAGAGGAACCUCAACCUGCAUAUGAAGAUGAAGACGAUGAUCUGAUGGUGGUCGCUGUUAAUGAAGCUGAAGAGAGCCUGCAACUUGGUAAUGCAAACUCUUUUAAAUGUGACAACCCUGCAGGAGCAGAGAGCACUGCCCUCUCUCCCAUCCCGUCAGGUGGGCAGACAUAUCCAGACUUCCCCGGCUUUGACAGCUCCUCAGCGAAGGUAUGGAUUUACCCCACCAACUAUCCCAUCAGGGAGUACCAGCUGAAGAUGUCAGAGGCUGCCCUGUAUCAGAACACACUGGUGUGUCUCCCCACGGGUCUGGGAAAGACCUUUAUUGCCUCUGUGGUUAUGUACAACUUUUACCGCUGGUAUCCGUCAGGGAAGAUCGUAUUCAUGGCUCCCACCAAACCCCUGGUGGCCCAACAGAUCGAGGCCUGUUAUAAAGUGAUGGGGAUCCCACAGGCGCACAUGGCUGAGCUGACAGGCAGCACAGCGGCGAAGCAGAGGCAGGACGUGUGGCGGGCCAAGCGCGUUUUCUUCCUCACCCCUCAGGUCAUGGUGAACGAUCUGUCCAGAGAGACCUGUCCGGCUCAGCAGGUCAAGUGUGUGGUGAUUGAUGAGGCCCACAAGGCGCUGGGAAACCAUGCCUACUGUCAGGUGAUCAGACAGCUCGGCAGCCAGACUCUGCAAUUUCGCAUCCUGGCCCUUAGUGCAACUCCAGGGGGAGAUUCAAAGUCGGUGCAGUCAGUGAUCUCUAAUUUGCUCAUCUCCCACAUUGAGCUGCGUUCAGAUGACAGCCCGGACAUCCAGGCCCAUUCCCACCAGCGCAGUGUGGACAAAGUGGUGGUUCCUCUGGGAGAUGUCCUUUCUGUGUACCAGGCGCGCUACCUGCAGGUGCUGGAGAAAUUCAUGUCUCGUCUUGUUCAGAACCGGGUGAUGGCACACAAAGACCUGCGGACUCUCACCAAAUACCAGCUGAUCCUCGCCAGGGAUCAGUUCCGCAAGAACCCUCCGCCAAACAUCAAGGGUCCACAGCAGGGAAUGCUGGAGGGCGACUUUGCCCUUUGCAUCAGCCUGUACCAUGGCUACGAGCUGCUGAUGCAGAUGGGGCUCCGAUCGCUCUUCUUUUACAUCCAGGGAAUCAUGGACGGAUCCAGAGAGAUGUCCAGGGCCAGAAAUGAGCUGCAGAGGACUCCCACCUUCAUGGACCUUUACAACGAGAUGGAAGCAAUGUUUGUGAAGCCAUCUGCUGGUCCAGAUGAGCCGUUUAUUUACAGUCACCCCAAACUGGAGAAACUGGAGGAGGUGGUGCUGCAGCAUUUCAGACUGUGGGCCGAGAGCUUAGCAGACAAUAAUGGUUCAGGUCCUCAGGAGGAAGCCACGCGUGUGAUGAUCUUUUCAUCGUUCCGUGAGAGCGUGCAGGAGAUCGCAGCCAUGUUGAACCGCCACGCUCCGCUCAUCAGGGUCAUGACCUUUAUGGGCCAGGCAUCAGCCGGGAAGGGAGUCAAAGGCUUCACUCAAAAGGAGCAACUGGAGGUGGUGCACAGGUUCCGCCAGGGAGGCUUCAACACGCUUGUGUCGACAUGUGUCGGGGAGGAGGGGCUGGAUAUCGGAGAGGUGGACCUCAUCGUCUGCUUCGACGCGCAGAAGAAUCCCAUCCGCCUGGUGCAGCGAAUGGGUCGCACUGGACGUAAGCGGCAGGGACGCAUUGUUGUCGUCCUGGCUGAGGGACGCGAGGAGAGGACCUACAAUCAGAGCCAGAGCAACAAGCGCAGCGUGUACAAGUCCAUCAUCGGAAACAAAAGCGGGUUCCACAUGUACCCCAACAGUCCCCGCAUGAUGCCAGAGGGGGUGAACCCCACCCUGCAUAAGAUGCACAUUACCUGUGGCCAGUUUGACCAUCAGGAGAGCAGCAGGCGGUCUGUCAGGGGUCGCCGGUCCCACUCUGAGGGACGGGCCUCACUCAUCCACCCUCAAAACCUGAUUUGGCAGGGCAGCGCAACGUCGGACGGGUUUCUGAGCAGUGCUGAAUAUUCCCUCUGGGCGUCCACCAUGAGGCUGCGGGAAGAUGAAGCUCAUCCAACCCUGAAACAGUCACGCUUCAUGUCCCUGCCCAGUGAUCCACCACCUCAGGAGGACGUUUCUAAAAGCGGACCACCAUCCAGAGAGCUGUCUUUGUGGGAGUGGAGACACUGGCAGCACAGAGCGCUUCCUACCCAUGCUGUUAAUCACUCCCUCCGCUGCCACCACUUCACUAAAGUGAUGGAGCUCAUAGACGGCAUGAGAGAGGAAAAUGAGGGUGAAUGUCGUUACGAACAGGAGCUUCUUCCUUACCUCCACAAAGCAGAUGCUCACCUGAAGAACGUGCAGAAGCGACAGAAGAGCACAAAGACCUGCGCUAAAACCGCCACCACCAACAAACCCAAACCACCUCGCUCCACGUUGUCUGAUCUGGAGAGCGUCGACGAGGAAGCAAAACAAAGACUUCCUGUUCCACGUACUGAAACAACUUACGAUGACAUCACAGAUUACCCAGGACCUGAGGCAGUUUGUCCUCGGCUGUCAAUCGAUGACUGUCCAGAAGCUGACAUGGAUGAUGUCUGUGCCAUUAUAAAGUCAGACGAGUUAGCAAACUUGACAGCAGAAAUUGAUAAAGAUGAAGAUGUUGAACUUCAGGCCAUGUUCUACCUUCCUAAAUGGGAUUCAGCACCUCCUCCCUCCUCUGCUAAACUCCGCCCAGGAAGAGAUGAGACUCUGAAGGUCAUCCUGGCCAACGUGGCGGAUCUCCUAUCCCGAUCUCCGCCGUCACCGCCUGAAGAUAUAGAGGCCGACAUGGCUGCUCCAUCCCUUCCUCCCUCUCCUCAUCAGCUAUUCCAGGUCAGCUUCACCCUGGGCGUUGACGACGACGACGAUGAAGCGACGGUAACGAGUGACGCUGACGAUAUCUCCCCGAGGGCGGACUCAGACGAGCCUCCAGCGGGCAAAGAGGAUGGUAAAAUAUAUCACGAUUGGCCUCGUCGGGAGCAGCAGCAGAGCGUCAGCAGGGCCAGCGAAGCAGCAGACAGCCCGACCUGGGAUGAGGUUUUUGGGGAAGAUGAUCUGAACGAUGGUGAUGAUGAUGUAAGAGAUAACAGCAAGGAGACGGGUGAUGAGAUUUUCAAGGAGGAAUGGGUUGGUGAGGAAACAAAAAGUGAGAAUGAGAGCGUGACUGAGGAAAAAGAGAGCAGCUGGGGUGACGUGAGGACUGAGGAAACGCCAGACUUGAUGGACGGUGGUGUGACAGAGGACGUGGACCCUCAGAUGGACGACAGCAUGGAUCUGUUCGGGGAUGACGAAGCCUUCCUGCAGAUGACCAUUCCGGACAUCUCCACUCCUGACGUCACACCCAGGACGUCCCCCGGUGUUGGAGACAUUGCUCACAGCCCAAAAAAGACCCUGGAAACCUCAUGCAGCCCUGCACACACAGCAGACACACACGCAGGUGAUUUAGAGCGCACAAAGCACAAAAAAGCUGAGGACACAAACACCCAAAGCACUACAGAGACAGAGCAUAAUACACACAUGGCAGCAGCAAGUAAACCUGUGACAGACAAUUCAACGACAGCUAAAUCUCCCACAGUGCAACAGAAUUCGUUUGACACCUCCCAUGACUUCUUCUCCGUCAACUUUGACCUCGGCUAUUCACUGGAGGACUCUGAGGAAGAGGAAGUUGAGGAUGUUCCUGCCCCAUCUACGCCGACCUCGCCGCAGCCUAAAAAGCAGGCCGCCUCUGACGCUUCCACUCCCCACAGCAGCGUCCAUAGACCAAGAAUGCCCCUGCAGUCCGCUGGAUCCAAGUUAUCGACCCCACAGAUGUUGUCAGGGCACAGGAAGAGAGAUUCGCUCUUUCUUCUGGCUUCGCCUUUAAUGUCUGCGGGUGGUGCGCUCCCAUCUCCAAUCCCUUCACCAGGAGCGAGGCGGACGCUCUCGCCCGGGCCUCGAGACUGGACUUUACCCCGCAGCUUAAAGCGGAGACGACUGGAGGGUGAGGUGGAGAGAUCGCCAGGUGUGGAGAACGGCUCACGUCAGGGACCUGUUUGUGCAGCUGACUCUCCUCCUCGCCCAGUGGCGUGCGUCAGUGACAGUGAGGAUGAGGUUGUGGCUCAUAGAAGAAAACAUCAGAAUAAGGUCAACUCGUUGUCGUCCCCAGAAGUGUCAAAGAUCUGCAGUGAUGUGGACUCCCCGGUGGUUGUGAACAGGAAACGUGUAGCGGCUCUUAACAUAUCUGAUGACUUUGAGGGCGAGGCUGUUUCUGAUGAUGAUUUCCAGAAUGAAUCAGUGUCCACGCACAGAAGCGCGGCAGCAGCUGAGAGGCAACGAGUCCAAAAAGGCAAAACCAAGCGCGCUGUAUGUCGAAAAGGGCGUCAGUUCCUGGACGAAGAAGCGGAGCUGUCUGAGGAAGGCGAGGAUGCAGAGGUGUCGUCUGAUGAAGAGGAUGGAGAAGAACUGAAUCAUUCCCUUGAAGGCUUUGUGGUCGAUAACACGCACCUCUCACAGGGACUGAAUGACUCGGACAUGUACGGCGUUUACCUGAAGUCAGUGAGAAGCCCUGCAGUCCAGGGCAAGUUCAAAAUGUCCUACAGAAAUCAGCACAACAUGGACAUAUUUUCCCAGGUGCCUGAGAUGGAUGAAACAUAUGCAGAGGACAGCUUUGUGGUGGGCAGCGAGGUAGAGGAGCUUGACAGCAGCGAGGAAGAGGCCGAAGACAUUGAACUGAUGCCCGAGGACUCGUAUGUGGACGGGAAGCGGCAGUAUGCCACCAGACGGCGUGUUUUCCUGCACAAAUCCAGAGCCGGCGCUAAGACCACAGCCGAGGCUCCACCAGAGCAGAGAGCUAGGGUGAAAACCAAGCGCACCCGUGUCAUACGCAUGAAUGAUUCCAGUGAGGAGGAGACGGAGGAAGUUGGCAACAAGAGGGGUCUCAUAGCAGGAGGUGGUGUCGCUGACCCCUUGUGGCCAAAGGCGGUACUGCCGGAGCCCAGCAGGCUUCAGCAGCAGCAGAGGCCCUCCUCCUCAUCCUCGUCUUCAACCAUAGCAUCCAAAGUGUCGCUGCUGAGCAAGGCGCAGAGCUGCUCAGUGACUGAGGAGCGGCAAAAUGAGAGGCAUCGCCAGAGGUUAGAAAGUCAGCAUUUGCUCUCUGAUGAACUUGACUUUGUUGACUCAGAGUCGCUUUUAUCCUCAAAGAAACAACUCCAGCCACUCCCUGCCACCUCCUCAGUGCCCCCCAAGUCCAGUGUGCAAGAUUCACCGGCCAGCGAGCCCCCCGCUCCAUUCGGACCUGUUCGCAUCCUGGUGGACAGUCGCUGCAUCAGCAGCGGGGUGGAGCUGAUGACCAGCCUGCGUCAGCGCCACGCGGCCACCGUCCACGUCUGCUCGCUGGACGGCAGCUACUUCAUCGUCAGCAACCGCACGGCAGUGGAGAGGCACAGCCAAUCAGAUUUGGCCGCAACGCAGAACCGGAAGCGAUUGGCUGAGAGAGUGAACAGCUUGCAGAGAUUGUUUGAGCGCGUUUGUCUGAUAGUGGAGAAGGACCGAACCAAGCCAGGUGAGGCGUCCCGUCCCUUUCAGAGAACGCGUUACUAUGACAGCACUCUGUUUGCACUGGUGCAGGCCGGGGUGCGUUUGCUGUGGAGCGAUGGCGCCGAAGAGAGCGCCGGCUUGCUGGCAGACCUGGCGCGGCUGGAGCAGCGUAAAGGCCAGGGCAUCGGUGUACCGCUGGAGGUCAAAGGGCAGCACAGGCAGCAGGCCCUGCAGCUGUACUUGAGCCUGCCCUCAGUCAACUACGUCCAUGCCCUCAGCAUGAGCCACAACUUCAGGUCAAUUGCACAACUCAUUAACAGCUCCGUUGAAGCUAUACAGAAGGGAGGCUGUAUGAGUCGAGCCAGAGCUGAGGAGACCUACCGCUUCCUGCGCUACUCCUGUGACUCCUUCCUCAUGAACACAUCGAAAGCAGCGAAGACCAGCUAGCAGCGUGGGGGCAGAAACGCUGCAGGAACACCACAGUCUGUGAUCUAUUUCUACCAUUCAUGCUGUGUACUCCUCUCCUUUAUUUCUCCACUCUUACUCUUUCUUUCUGACACAUCUCCACCUCCCCUGCCCUCCUCUUUGCUGUACCUCCUUGUUCUCAGUCUCACCAGGGGCCGUCGCUGUGCUAAGCAAAGUAAGUGCUCUGUCUGACCUCUCAAGAGAAGACGCUCAGGAUAUCGACACAACAAAGUUGAAGGGGAGCGCCACGCAGCUCAGUUUAUAUGUUGCACAACACCACAGGUCUAUCGAUAUAAAAGACACCAUGUUUUAUUCUGCUUUUUCUUUAGCUAUUUGGCUGAGAAGUGGUUCCCUUAAGACUCAUGUACUGGCACAAAUCCUGUCAGAUGGUGUUAUGGCAAUGCUGUGAUCAUAAAGACUCAAUCAAUAUUGGAUUGAUACUUGAAUAACUUAUUGUUUUUGUCACAAUAAUGGACACAUAUGUUUAUACCCUACUCUGAAAGAAGUAAA